AUGAGCAGGGUCCCUUCCACAGAGAGCGCCACAGUUGACCUUUCCUUGACUCUCCCUUGUGGACUUAAGGUGUGCAUCUCUGGACCUGCUGCCUCCUCUGGCCUGGCCGCUCAGCUUCUUAGCCACGUCGCUGCUUUCUCUCCCGAGGGUGCUGAGCCGUCUGAGUUUGAGUUGGUGUCUAGUGUGCCUGAGUCUGUUCCUUCUGGUUCCUCUCGGGUGCGUGGAUUGGAGACCCGAGACCAGAUCCGUCUGUCCCUUCGUCCCUGCCCCGCAAGCCUCCUGCCUUUGGGAAACAGGUUGGUGGGAUCUUCCUUGUCAGGGAAAGCCAGAGUGGAGCGAGCUUGGACUUGUGGCCAGUGGGCAUCUGCCGUCAGAGACUCCCGUAUCGGAAGCCCUGACAGGACACCAGCAAUUGACUUCAAGAACAGGUUCUACGCUGUCUUGCAGGCACCUGGACUUCCUCGUGCCACCAUCUUCAAGUCUUCUGCGGGGUACUGGAACUGCAUUGGGUCCUUGCCGGACUCCCCAUCAAUCUCCCAGUCCUUCCCGAGUGAGGUGGAGGCAAAGAUCUACCUGCAAGCCGCGAUGGCAGAGGCCGUCACUUUGAGUUUGGAGGCCCUGGUCACCUUGGAACACGAUGUCGAGCCCUAUGUGAUGGAUUGGCCAGAUGUCUUGAGCGACGAUGGAGAGCCCGAAGCUGCUGUCCUCAUCGUGUCAAAACGGCCAGGUGGAUUUUUGGCCGCUGUUCCAGUUGGUUUUCUGCCCGAAGAGGUUUUGGCCAAUGGAAAUGUGGACCCCCCUCCUGGACUUGUAGGGCCAUCCACUGUUCUUCGUGUCCAGGGAAAGGUGAUGGAUCAUGGAACUUUAGCCCCCACCGGAGCCCUUCUGACGGUCGUUGUAGUCGAUCUGGACGAGGGGGUGGUGAAUUCACUUCGCACAGUUGGGCAAGAGGAAGUAUAUCCAUUCACCUUCGACCCAGAUCAACCCUUUGCAAUACCAGACCCGCCUCAGCUGUUGACCAUGGUUCGAGACUGGCUAUCAGCAAAUGCCUCCUCCACUCAAGCAGCUUACCUCUCCCUGGCAGAAGAGGAGGCCGUGGACUUGGAAGAUGUGCCACUGGAGGAGGAUCGCUCUGUCAACGCUCCUCCCCCACGAAGAGCCAGAAAAGCAGCGCCUGGGCAAGAGCGAGCUUCAAACUCAGGAAAGCGACCUACUGUUGCAACCCUGGCAAGCUCCAUGGAUCAGCUUCUGCAGAUGAAUGCCGGCUUCUCCAAGAAUCUGGAGGCCCUGACUCUUCGACAAUUGGACUUGGAAAGGAAGAUGUCUGCUCCAGCGGCUUUGCAACAAGGGCCCCAUGCAGUUCUACACCGGCCUAUCUCAGAUUCCUUGGUGCCCCAGGUCACUGCGCCGAAGAGCAUAGCUCAUCAGCUGGGUUCACCGCCAAGAACACUUGCACCAUCUGCCCCGGGACUGUUGAGCUCGCAAAUGUUCAAACCUCAGGAUUUGGCGGAGUUGGAGGUCGACAAGAGAGAUGGCGGCCCAUCUACAUCGUCAGAUCCUCUGGCGCAGGCUGUGCUGGCCCAGUCGCAGGCCUUGACAGCACUGGUGGCUCAGAUCGCACAGACCAAUGGCGAUCCCAUGUUAGAGCUUGGUUCAACAGGCUUAUCAACAGGCACCCGAGGAGCCCAAGGCCGUGCCCGGCUUCAGGCAGAACUUGCUGCUCAAAAAGGAAGCUUCUUUGCCUCAGUGAUCUCCUCGAUGUCAAGGCGGAUGUUCCCCACUAUGACUGCGGAGGGCUCCUAUCAGGAGCUGAUGGACCGUGGAGUUUGCGGAACUCGCUACCUGGAGCGAUUCGGAGGCUAUGGGAAGGUGAGAGACCUGGGAUGUUUGCAGUACCAGGUGAUGACAAUCCUGGACUCCUUGCAAACCUCCAACCUGCAAGCAGCCCGGGAUCAGGCGGCACUUCUGGCAGUGACGUUGGAUCAGGCUGCUAUGGAUCAAGGGCGUUUCGACUUGGCUCAUCUACUAUGCCUCCAAGAAGAACCUCCUGCAGCCGUCUUUACAAACAGACAGGCCAGCAUGUUGGCGAAGAGCCGGGCGUUCAGUCCUUUAGCGGAUCAAAAAUGGGUCACAGUGGCGCUGGCUUACCUGAGAAUUGGAUGUCAUCACUUCCAAGCGCCUCGAGUUGACGAACCAGUCAAAGCCCGGGCAAUUCGCCAGUGCUUCCUCCGCCGACGGCCCGGUACAGCCAAAGCAGUAGGCCCAGCCCAAACGCAAGUCAAAGGCUGGGGGAAAAGGAAAUCAGCCGGUGGCAACCGAUGCCGAGGAGUAGCCAAAGACAGGGGAUCCAUGGAUUUUUCCAACAAUGUGGGGCUGGAGUCAAACCCACUUGUUGCCACUAUGAGCCUCUCCAGAUGGGCACUUUGCCUACCGAGGUUAAUUUUGAAGACAAGGACAAAGUUUUCCCAUUGCCUUGCUCGUUCUUUUGCUGUCUUGCGCCGUUCUCCCGAGACGGCUUCCGCAGUCUUCCCGUUGCCUCUGGAAUCCUUGGACUCUUUCAGAGGUGGCGGCCCUCAUUUGUCAAAGAAGCGCCUUUGGACUUUAGCCAAGAACCGACUUCUUCAUGUUUGGACUCUUGUGCUGGAUUUCAUGUUUCUGGGUCGUUGGCCUACUGCUUCUGAGUUGAGGAGGUCCCCUACCCCUGAGCAGCUCUCUGUCUUUAGGAGGCCUUGUUCCCUGUUUGCCCCGGCAGAUCCGGCCCUGAGCUUGGUGCUCAGUUGUUUCAGCUUGAGCUUUUGCAUGUCGUGCCCCGCGUUUGCUUCUGGGUACAUGGAAUCUGAUAGCAUCCCUGCAAAGCCCGACCCUGGACUUUUGUCGGCCUCUGACUUUCCUGAACUCCUCCCCUAUCGGUCUUUGGAUGCUGACCGUCUCAAGCUUGUGGGUGAAGGAAGAUGGCCCAUGGAGUCUUUCUUGAGUGGCGUGCUUUGGCUUCCUUUCCAAGAACCGGCUUUUCUGUGUCAUGGUCUUGCUGUUCCAUCUGACGGGGUUCCCAACUUCUCUGCGGAAGAUCCUGUGGAAUGUUUGAAGCUUGCAAAACUUUGGGAUGUUCGUGGCCUCUUGCACCUUGAAGCGUCGCCCCUUCAUGAGAACUACUUCUCUAGGGUUUUUAAUGCCUUUAAGGAUGCAGAAAGGGACCGGCAGAUUGGUGACCGCCGGCUGCCAAACAUGUGUGAGUAUCAUGUCAAUGGGCCCUCAAAGUUUCUUCCACAGGGAAGGCAGUUGACCAUGCUUCGCAUCCCUAGGUUCACGCAUGGGAUCAGAGGCUCCAUAACUGACAGGCGAGACUUUUACCAUCAGGCAUGUGUGACCCCUGAGCGUGCCCGAACCAACAUGCUGCCCUUUUCAUAUGAUGUUGAAAGCUUUGUUGGCUCUUCGGCUCAUGACUGUCUUGUGGAAUCUUGUCGUGCCAGGAAGUCAUCUCACCGUGAUGUCAUUGGAGACCGCCUUGGAAAGCCGAUUGCAAAGAGAAGCUCCUGUGCCCUACCCACAAGGGUGUAUCCAUGCUUUCGGUCGUUGUUUCAGGGUGACCACCUUGGGGUUGAGUUUGCCUUGCGUAGUCAUGAAGUUUUGUUGCAAGAGGCUGGACUUUUGGCUGAUGAGACACGCAUCGAGGGAAACAAAAACUUCCCAGUGACAUGCAAAUGGGACGCCUUGGUGAUUGAUGACUAUUUCUGUUUGUGCUCUGAUCGCCUUUCGACUUGCCCCAAAAACAGUUUUGCCUGGACUUCCCUUACAAAAGCCAGAGAGGUCUACGAGAAGCAUCAGCUUCUGGGAUCUCCUGAAAAGGAUGUGGUUGCCUCACCGGCAGUGAAAGUCGCUGGCGCUGAGAUUGUUUCCGACAGUGCAAACGUCAGGCGUGGUUUUGUGCCGGUAGCUGCACCUUUGGCCAAGCGUGUGGGAUUGUCCACUGUCUCUCUGCGCGCUGCAUGCUUGCCUGGUUUGACCUCUGGACUUGUCUCAAGGCUUGCUGGGAAUUGGGUGUCCGUCCCGCAGUUCAGAGAGGUUUGGUCUUCCUUGAUUGAUGGGUUGUUCCUCUUCGGUGCCAAGUGUCAGGAAAAUGAGAGUCAUGUGCAUGCCUUGCCAAAGCAGGUUUCUCAAGAGCUUGCCAUGCUGUCUUCCAUCGCCCCUCUUGUGAUGACCAACAUAGCUGUCGAUUAUUUGGAUGUUUGUUUUGCCAGCGAUGCAUCGAAUCGGAAAGGAGCCAUCGUUGAGGCUGGCAUUUGCCCCAAACUCCAUGAAAUCAUGUGGCUGGACUCAGACCUGAAAAGCCCUUAUGUGCAGCUUGACAACCCCUUUCGUGCGACGCUCAGGCAGCUUGGAGAGUUUGAUGAAGAUGAGCCCUUCCCUAGCGGUGAUGGAUUUUGUGCGGGACCCUUCAAAGCCCCACUUUUGUAUUUUGACUUUGUCGAGAUCUGUGGAGGCGCUGGUAAGGUCACUGAUGCCAUGUCUUCGUUUGGUUUCGUCUGUGCCCCUACUUUGGAUUUGUCGGAUUCUCGCCAUUAUGACUUGUCGUCCCUCGCUCUGUUGGAUUGGAUCAUUCACAUGAUCCGUGAAGGGCGAUUCAAAGCCUUCCUGGUUGAGCCUCCCUGCACUACCUUCAGCCCAGCCGCUCAUCCUGCUGUCCGGUCUUACAGAGAACCUCUUGGAUUUGACAGGACGCUGCCAAAGACCCUCCAUGGAAAUGUGCUUGCGUUUCGUGCCUUGGUUCUCAUGCGGGUUGGUCGUAGGUACGGUUGUCCCUGCGGUUUGGAACAGAGCCGGUUGAGCAAGAUGUGUUGGCUUUCUUUCUGGAAGAGCCUCUUGGAGUUGGACUUUGCCGAGGCAGUCAUUGCUUCCUGCAUGUUUGGUUCCCCCCACCGGAAGGAGUUUAGGUUCCUGUGUUAUCUCCUUGACACUGGAUUUUUGGACGUGCGUUGUUGUGGUGGUCACAGUCAUGUCCGUAUCCAGGGGUCGCUGACUAAGCCGUCUGCCACCUAUGUCGAUGGCCUUGCACUCCAUGUCGCCACUGCCUUCCGUGAUGCUUUGCGUAAGAAGAAAGCUGAGGGUAACCUGGAGCCAGAAAUGCAGGGCCAUGAAACUGUCCUUGCGAACGAUGUCAUGCUCAGUUCGAAGUGGUCCGUUGUCCGAGCCUGGUUCUGGAAGCGUCUUGGUCACAUUAAUGUGCUGGAGACAUCUGCUGCGGUCUCAAACCUUGUGUCGGUUGGGCAGAAGCGCUCAUCAUGUCGGUUCUGUCAUUUUGUCGACUCAGCUGUUUGCCGUGGUGCUUUGUCCAAAGGUCGUUCUCCUUCCAGAGCUUUGCAACCUUUGAUGCGGCGUGCCGGUGCGGUCUGCGUUGCCUCUGACCUUUACCCCGGAUGGUUCUACUGCCCUACCAGGCUCAACACGGCUGAUGACCCUACCAGAGAUCACCCUCUGCGGCUUCCACUUCGUCACUCCCUCAUCAAAGCUGGCGUUCCGCUUGAUCUCCUGCGGCGUCUCAACCUGUGUGGCCUCAGACGCUUUGCUGCCAACUGGAUUCGGCUCAUCUUGCUUGCCACCUAUGGACUUCAGCCCGUUGCUGGUUCUUGUGUGCCUCCGGCUGUUUGGUCUUGGACUUGCUUUGACUUCGGCUGGGUCCCUGGUUUUGUGCUUUCUCAGUCUGGGUGGACCAGUGGUUGGUGGCUGCUUGCUCGCGGUGAUGAGCUCAUGCCCGGCGUUGGAUUUAUCCUCGGGCCUCUUCUGGUUUUCUGUGUCCUUGGUGUCUUCCGUGCUGUUCCCCCUCUCUUCGGGUCGGGUGGGUGCAGUAAACGGGGCCCCCAUAAGGUUAGACCUAGAGCCUCCAACCUCCGCCAUGUCAUCCUUGCUGUUGCGGCCCUCUGUGUAAUCCCCCUCUGGAUACCAGCAGCUGCAGCAAUGCCGAUAGCUCCAGCUUCACGUGCAGACAAGGACAGGAUGCUGCAUCGAGCAGGCAAUGCUUUGCCCACUACGAGGGCCGUGAGGGAUCAGACACGAGAUAAGAGGAAGGUCUAUUUGGACCGCUUCAAGGCAUGGCUCUGGCAGGAGAAAGCACGGGAUCGUAUCCUUUUGUUUGCUGGUGGGUAUGCCGAAACCUUGGAACAGUGCGUGACGUUUCUGGAGCAUGGCAUCCCACUAGCAUCUUGGUUUUUCCUCCUCAGAGGUGCAGGUGAUCCUAUGAAGACCGCCGGAAAGACCGACAAAUACUGGCUGAAGGCUGAUGGAACUUCCAGGCAGACAGCAAAAGGUGCGGCGGGGUGGUUUUGCAGAACCCUUCCAGCCGACAAAUACUGGCUGAAGGCUGAUGGAACUUCCAGGCAGACAGCAAAAGGACGGGUCAUCAAGCUCCAGUCUUUGUCAGGUCCUUUGACGGCAUUUGCCCUGCGCGCUGUUCCAGCAGCUCCAAACACGAGAGGCUGGCAGUUCUUGCCUCAGUUCUUGGGGCGGCGCACCGUGCUCCCAGAGAAAAGGCCGCGGCCAGGACCUGGAAGCCUGGAAGCCUGGAAGCAUUGCUUUGUCAACGAAUUUGGCAACCGAUAUUCCACCAGUUUACUCCAGUCAACUUCAGUGUUGCUGAAUAACCUGGUCUCCAAGACUUUACGCCGAUCUCUGCUGGCUGGUGAUGUGGUCUAUUAG